AUGACCUCUGAAACUUUGAACCAAUGCAGAACAGUGGAAAAGGGAUUGAUAGAGUUUUCCACCUGGGCAGGUCCACAAAAGGAGGAUUUCACCCGUUCACCUGAUUUUAAACUAGACUCGGUAGCCAUGGCAAGUGAUUACCUUUUUUACUGGAAUAAUAGAGGCGAACAAUCAGCCUUAUCACUACCCCACAACACCCCAGAGACCACCAAUCAGUCAAUAAUCAUGUUUGCCCAAGGCAAUGUUGCAACUAGAGAACGAGUCAAUGCCUUGGUUGAAUGGAUGAAUGAUUUUGUAUCUACUGCCCUUGAGGUAUCAAUCAUAGAAGUGAUAUCUCUGUUGCAACUUGACCAUAUAAGAGCCCCUGCAAUGGGACUGACUGCUUUGAUGGAAUGCAGCAAGCAACUGGCCAGAAGACAGUACUAUACCAUACGUGAAGAUUCUAUUGCGGAGCUUCAGAGCCUUGUUGUGCCCCUAUCCCAUUACAUUGGUUUGACAACUCAAGACUCCCCGACCUACAAUCCAGAAGGAGCCACACUCCAUCCCAAGAGGGUGAAGAGAGUCUUGGAGGCUGUGGUUGAGGAGUUUCGAAACGCACAAGACCGACGCAAAUGGCAGUACUGA